ACAUAUAGAAUGUCACUAUGCAUUUUAAUUUUUUAAUUUUUAAAAAAGAAAACAAUGAGAAGCAGCCAGACAAAUAAUUCAACCAAUAUUCCCACCAAGAAACCAAUGAUGACCAUUGUUUGACAAAACAACAAUUGUUGAAACUUAUAAAAAGGUACACUUACAACCCCAUUGAGGCCUAACAAAACACUCCCUAAAUACUCUUUAAGAUAAUUAUUUUAUUUUAGCUAUGGGAUCCUCAACAAAUAUCCAAUUACCAACACAAUCUAAAGAUGAAGAACGUAACUGCACGUACGCGAUGCAAUUGUUGUCAUCGUCAGUACUUCCCUUCGUUUUGAACUCAACGAUCCAAUUGGAUGUAUUUGAGAUACUCGCGAAGGAUAAGACCACUAAACUAUCUGCUUUAGAAAUUGUGUCUAAGAUGACUACAUGUAAGAACCCUGAUGCAGCCACCAUGCUAGACCGGAUGCUUUAUGUCCUGGCUAGUUAUUCGUUACUCGAUUGUUCCAUUGUUGAGGAGGGAAAUGGGGUGACGAAAAGGCGGUAUGGUCUGUCAGGAAUAGGGAAAUUCUUUGUACGUGAUGAAGAUGGUGCAUCCAUGGGACCAUUGUUGGCUUUGCUCCAAGAUAAAGUAUUCAUUAACAGCUGGUUUGAAUUGAAAGAUGCAGUACUUGAAGGAGGAGUACCAUUUGACAGAGUGCAUGGUGUACAUGCAUUUGAAUAUCCAAAAUUGGACCCAAAGUUCAAUGAUGUUUUCAAUCAGGCAAUGAUCAACCACACAACAGUUGUCAUGAAAAAAAUACUUGAAAAUUACAAAGGUUUUGAGAACCUCAAAACUUUGGUUGAUGUUGGAGGUGGUCUUGGAGUUAAUCUCAAGAUGAUUACAUCUAAAUACCCAACAAUUAAGGGAACUAAUUUUGAUUUGCCACAUGUUGUUCAACAUGCACCUUCCUAUCCUGGGGUGGAACAUGUUGGGGGAGAUAUGUUUGAAAGUGUUCCACAAGGAGAUGCUAUUUUUAUGAAGUGGAUCCUUCAUGACUGGAGUGAUAGUCACUGCCUCAAGUUGUUGAAGAAUUGCCACAAGGCUCUACCAGACAACGGAAAGGUGAUCGUUGUGGAGGCCAAUCUACCAGUGAAACCUCAUACUGAUACUGCGGUGGUUGGCGUUUCACAAUGUGAUUUGAUCAUGAUGGCUCAAAAUCCGGGAGGCAAAGAGCGUUCUGAACAGGAGUUUCGAGCUUUGGCAAGUGAAGCCGGAUUCAAAGACGUUAACUUAAUAUGUUGUGUCUGUAAUUUUUGGGUCAUGGAAUUCUACAAGUAGAUUUCCAUAACCCACUUGCUCUUAUGAAUAUGCAAUUUUAUGGAUUUCUAGGACUGGAAUUUGCAACAUAGCCCAGAUUGAAUGUUUGACAUUGAUUCCUAAUGGUAUUUAUUUUACUACUUGUUUGUUUCUCUAGUAUGAGAGGAUGUCAUUGUAACUUUUGUCCAAAUUACAUUGAUAUCCUAGUAUUCCUAAUAAUAUUUAUAUAUUCCUCUUUUCCA